GGUCAGAAGGCGGAGGCGUGCCCAAGAUGGCGACCUCCAUGUGCGACGUGUUCUCCUUCUGCGUGGGCGUGGCGGACCGGGCCCCCGCAGCCGUGGAAGUCCGGUUCGUGAGCAGCGCCAAGGGAAAGGGACUGUUUGCCACACAGCUGAUCCGGAAGGGAGAGACCAUUUUUGUUGAACAGCCCCUGGUGGCUGCUCAGUUUCUCUGGAAUGCACUUUAUCACUACAGGGCAUGUGACCACUGCCUUCGGGCGCUGGAGAAGGCAGAGGAAAAUGCCCAGAGGCUGACUGGGAAACCAGGCCAGGUACUGCCUCACCCAGAGCUGUGCAGUGUGCGCAAAGACCUCCACCAGAACUGUCCCAACUGCCAGGUGAUGUACUGUAGUGCAGAAUGUCGGUUGGCAGCUGCGGAACAAUACCAUCAGAUCCUCUGCCCAGGUCCCUCCCAGAAUGACCCUCAACACCCUCUCAAUAAGCUGCAGGAGGCCUGGAGAAAUGUUCACUACCCUCCAGAGACUGCAAGCAUCAUGCUAAUGGCCCGGAUGGUGGCCACGGUGAAACAGGCCAAGGAUAAGGACCACUGGGUCAGGCUCUUUUCCCAAUUCUGUAGCAAAACAGCCAAUGAGGAGGAGGAAAUUGUCCACAAACUCCUGGGGGACAAAUUUAAGGGCCAGCUGGAAUUUCUACGGAGGCUUUUCACAGAGGCCCUUUAUGAGGAGGCUCUCAGCCAGUGGUUUACUCCAGAUGGAUUCCGGUCUCUCUUUGCUCUUGUUGGGACCAAUGGCCAAGGAAUUGGAACCAGAUGUCCUGUGACCUGGGCCUGGUCCUUCCAACCACGGGUUAUAUGGGAACUACCCCCCAGCUCCCUGAGCCAGUGGGUUCAUGCCUGUGAUGCGCUGGAGCUGAAGCCCCAGGACCGUGAGCAGCUGGACAUCUUCAUUGACCAGUUGUACAAGGACAUCGAAGCAGCAACCGGCGAGUUCCUUAACUGUGAAGGAUCUGGCCUCUUUGUACUUCAGAGCUGCUGCAACCACAGCUGUGUCCCCAAUGCAGAGACCUCCUUUCCAGAAAACAACUUCCUUUUGCAUGUCACCGCCCUUGAGGAUAUUAAGCCAGGCGAGGAAAUCUGUAUCAGCUACUUAGACUGCUGUCAACGGGAGCGCAGCCGCCACAGCCGCCACAAAAUCCUCAGGGAGAACUAUCUGUUUGUCUGUUCCUGCCCCAAAUGCCUGGCAGAGGUGGAUGAACCCAAUGUGACCUCAGAGGAGGAGGAAGAGGAGGAGGAAGAUGAGGAGGAAGGAGAGCCAGAAGAUGCAGAGCUAGGCGAUGAGAUGACUGAUGUGUGAUGUUACUCUGCCUGAAGGGGCCCUAUCCCAGAUGCUGCUGGAAAAGGGGGCCCCUCCCCCACAAAUGUGGUUGGAAGGAACCCCUGCCCCCAUUACCUGCUUUCUGUCUUCUGGUAUUCUGCCGGAAGGCAGGAUAGGCUGGACCUAGGCCCUAUAUCCCCAACAAGACCUCAUGCCCUGAACACUGCUGCUGAGUCGCAUCAGCCCCAUGCCACCGAGACUUCCAGAACUGGCUUUCCCUUGCCAUUACUCCACUGUAGGUGUGACUGGAACCAGGCUUGCGGCCUGGUAAUGUUCUUCCCCUUGGGCCAUUUGGCCCACUCUCUCUCACCCAGCUGAGGCUUGACCCCUUUCUGCUGGCUAUUGAUUUGAGAGGGGGCAACAAAAUGGCAAAUUUGAGAACAGCCUGGUUUCCAUGAAGCAGUAAGAAGUGAUGAGGCACCUCACCUCUACCUUACUGCCCACUCUGCAGAUGCAGACUGUGGCCACCAAGAGGCAAAACUUCCUGAAGGCUCCCUACCAGGGUGCUGCACCCGUUCCCACCAGACAUGGUGGAGGUGGAGAUUACCCUGUCCUUCAGACUCCAGAGCUGCUGUACCUUGUGCCUUGCCUCUCGGGUCCAGGCAAGGUGGCUGGCCCCUCGAGGUAUGGAGAGGCCUCUGUCUUCCUCCAGGAUGGAGACAACCCUUUUUCAAACUUCUUGCCAUGGAGGACUCCAGCAUUGUGGCAGAUGACAUAAUUUAGGAUACUCUCUUCCCUGAGACCAGCUGAAAUAAGUCAGCAAGGGGUCUCUGGGCCUCAGAUGUCCACCUUUACAGUCUCCAUAGAGGAACAUGGACGUCUUCCAGAAACCUAAAGGAGCAGGGCAGGACACGUGAAGGCAUCUCACUCUUGGGGUGGGUGCCAUGGGAAAUAGAACUACCACUCCCAGUUCCUUCCUAGCUACCUUCCCUUGGGCCUGCACAUCGCCUUGUUAGGGGUUCCCAGGGAGGACAGCUGCAUUGCCACAAGUCCUUUCCAGGAUCUUGGAGCCAGGUGAAACAUCCCUGGUUGGCCCCCUUACCUGUCAGGCUUACUCCACAGCCAGCACCCCUUCACACCCCACCUGCCCACUGAUCUCAAUAAAAUGUGAGUGGUGACAGG